CCAUCUCUGGGAUUGGACUAUAGUGCGUUCAAUGAAUGUGACGACAAAUGUCUGAACUGUUGUUUGACUUCAAUCUGACGGUAUCGUCGGCCAAGUUGUCGGGCACUACAGCCUUCUUUAAGCCGGACCCGUACGUCGAGAUUGUGGUCGACGGAGGCGUACCAAACAAGACUGACUAUAAUAAGUCCACUUAUAAUCCCAAAUGGGAUGAAGUGUUUCCAUUGUGUGUUUCCGCCUAUUCCUUCAUUCAUUUACGAGUGUUUAAUCACAACUCAAUCAAAAGGGACGCCCUAUUAGGUGAGGCCACUAUCGAUAUCUACGAGCUAUUGAAACGCAAUAAUGGUGUGUUUGAACGGUUGACAUAUCCACUACAAUUGCAAUCGCCGGCCACUAAUGGCCCGAAAUCAACUCGAAACCCGUGUUUUUUGUAUACAGUGUUAGAUGGACUCCGAGUAGAUAUGAGUAGAUUUCCUCCUAAAGACUCUCAUCGGCCGCUAUCAGUGCGGACCACGACUAACAGUGAUGCGGAUAUCAAUAGCCCUUCGUCAUCAUCAACACCACUACUGCCUCGAAUUGUUGAAUCGGAUGCAACUGCUUCAUCGUCCACAGUAACAGCUCAAGAUAUGACCAGUGCAUCGCCAAGUAGUGACAAUUUGCCGGCCAAUGGCGGUGUGCCCAAUACUAACGGAAUGGCAAGCAUUAUAAGUUCACUGCCUCGUUGGUCACUAAACGAUCCAAAUCCUAACAAUAGGGUUAAUAAUGUUGCAAAUACUGCAACCCCUGCUUCUCAACCACAGCCAGAAACGGCUGCUCCCAGGCCUAGUCCCGCUCGUUUACCACCACCACCACCGCCGCCACCAGCAGCAGCAGCAGCAGCACCCAUACCACCAAUGUCCAAUCUUCCCGGACCUGUUGUGGGUGCACCUAUGAUACCAACAACAGCACCAGCAACUGUUCAACAAAACGUUGAAGAAGAACCGCUUCCUCAAGGAUGGGAAAUCAGAUUUGAUUCUUAUGGAAGAAAGUAUUAUGUGGACCAUAAUUCGAGAUCAACUACAUGGGAACGGCCACAACCAUUACCUCCCGGUUGGGAAAUGCGAAGAGAUAAUAGAGGAAGAGUUUAUUAUGUCGAUCACAACACUAGGACGACUACAUGGCAGAGGCCAACACCAGAGCACGUCCGUAAUUUUCAGCACUGGCAGUCACAACAGGGCUCUAUUAUGCAACAGUGCGGACAAAGGUUUCUUUAUGAUCACUCAAAUAAUAACGGGUCAGCCGUUGUCAAUGGAGCUAACAGUAGUACAACAGAAGAUGACACAUCACUUCCAGAACUACCAGAAGGUUGGGAGCGAAGAGUUGAUCCCAGCGGAAGAGUUUAUUUUGUUAAUCAUAAAAAUAAAACUACUCAAUGGGAAGAUCCGCGAACACAGGGAAAAGAGACGCCUAAUCUUGCAGCAGAAGUCCCAUUGCCUGCCGGUUGGGAAAUGAAGUAUACAACUGAAGGAACGCCUUAUUUUGUUGACCACAACACAAAAACUACGACAUUUAAUGAUCCGCGCGGACCAAAGGGAGGUAAAGGCCAGUAUGGAGUUCCAGCAGCCUAUGAGCGCUCUUUUAGGUGGAAAUUAACACAAUUUCGAUACUUGUGUCACUACAACGCUCUACCCAGUCAUAUCAAAAUUCAAGUGGCCAGAGCUAACAUAUUUGAAGACUCAUUUCAUGCCAUUAUGCGGGUCCCACCACACGAACUCAGGAGACGACUAUUCAUUACCUUCAGAGGUGAAGAGGGUCUCGAUUACGGCGGUAUUGCUAGAGAAUGGUUUUUCCUAUUAUCACAUGAAGUUUUAAAUCCGAUGUAUUGUCUGUUUGAAUACGCCGGCAAAAAUAAUUACUCAUUACAAAUAAAUCCGGCCUCAUCAGUGAACCCUGAUCAUUUACUAUAUUUUAGAUUUAUUGGACGAUUCAUUGCUAUGGCCCUAUUUCAUGGAAAGUUUAUUUAUAGUGGUUUUACGUUACCAUUCUAUAAGCGAAUGUUAGGCAAAAAGUUGGUUAUGAAAGACAUCGAAUCAAUUGAUCCCGAGUUUUAUAAUUCUCUUCUUUGGAUUAAAGAGAAUUCAGUAGAAGAGUGUGGUUUGGAAUUAUAUUUUUCAGUAGACUUUGAAAUUUUAGGACAAAUACAAUCACAUGAAUUAGUUCCCAAUGGGGGCGACAAAAGGGUUGACGACCAGAAUAAAGAUGAGUACUUAAGACUUAUGACUGACUGGAGAUUCAGUAGAGGUCAAGAAGAACAAACUAAAGCAUUUUUGGACGGCUUUAAUGAAGUGCUACCACUUGAAUGGUUACACUAUUUUGAUGAACGAGAACUCGAGUUAUUGUUGUGCGGAAUGCAAGAGAUUGAUAUCGAGGACUGGCAGCGAAACUCAAUAUAUCGACACUACACGAGAAACUCUAAACAAAUCAUAUGGUUUUGGCAGUUCGUACGCGACGGUUGUGAUAAUGAAAAACGUGCCCGACUUUUGCAAUUUGUCACCGGCACAUGUCGUGUACCAGUUGGUGGUUUUGCCGAACUGAUGGGCUCUAAUGGUCCGCAAAGAUUUUGUAUUGAAAAAGUCGGUAAAGAGAAUUGGUUGCCACGAAGUCAUACCUGUUUCAAUCGACUCGAUUUACCGCCGUAUAAGUCAUACGAACAGUUGGUUGAAAAGUUGACGUUUGCUAUUGAAGAAACUGAAGGUUUUUCACAGGAAUAGACCAUUCAGUAAAUGAUUUACUUUAAGACCAAUUACUUAGAAACUGCACUAUCAGUGAUAACAACCAAAAUAAUGUUGUGAUCGACCAAUGAAUGUCCAGUCGUUAUAUAAAAUGACAGAUAAAACACUUGAAUAUAUUAUAUAUA